UAAAGGCAAUCUGUAGAUUUGAACACAGCUGCUGCAACAAAUAGGUUCAAAAUUUUUUUAACUGGUUUCUUUUUAAACGUUUCCAAAGUAAAACUUUACCAAAAUACCAACAUGAAUUAUCUCAUACAGCGUGGCAAGGUGCGCCAGCAGGCCAUCAACGUGCCCGAGGGUCUGCCGGAGCUGCUCUCCGACAUAACACGCGAGGUGCUGCGCUGCCAGCCGACCAAGGAGUGCCUCUGCCAGUUCAUCAUUGACUAUUUGCACUCGGUGAUUGUCACGCGCGAGAAGGCCCUGGUGGCCAAAAGCAUAUUGGAUCGCGCUCUGCGCCAGGUGGACAGCAUUAUAUCCGAUUUAUGCGUGUGCGAUUUGUCCAAGGAGAAAUCGGAUGAGAUGGCCCAAGUGAUGGAGGAUUGUUUCCGCAAUUUCCUGGAGAAGCGUCGCUGUGAGAUGCGUCGCGGCAAGGAGACGAUCAAAUUUGCAGACAUUGACAUGCUCGAGGAGCUGAUCAGAAAAUGCCAUUUCUCCGAGCAAGAGCUGGACGCCUCAAAACCAGCCAUAGAGACCGCCUACAAGCGAUUCGUGGAUGCCUACAUGGCCGCGGGCAAAGACUCCCAGGGUACCGAGUUACUCUAUCAAUACUUCCGCGAUCGCGAACUGAAACGCAUCGAGGAGCUGAUGCGCGACCAGGCGGCCAUCACCAUACAGGCCGCCUUCCGGGGCUACCUGGUGCGCCGCAUGAUGGCGCAGCAUGUCUGCGUAUGCACCUGCAUGCUCGACGAGAAGGAUGACGAUGAGUACAUGCGCAUGGACAGGGCUGCUCGCAUUUUGCAGCGCUUCUUCCGUUCGGUUCUAUCGCGCCAGACCAUAAAGGCGAUUGAGGAUCCUUGCAAGGAAAAGGAAACUCCUUCCUCCAAGGAUGAAGGCUUACCGAUCGCUACUGAAGCCACAGCUGCUGAGACAGCUCCCGCCACAGCCGCUGGCACAGCCGCUGGCACAGCCGCUGGCACAGCUGCUCCUACAGCAGCUCCUACAGCAGCUCCUACAGCAGCUCCUACAGCAGCUCCUACAGCAGCUCCUUCCGAAGCUAAAUUGCAGCUUGCUGCAGAAGAGGCUCCCGCUGAGGAGGCUCCACCUGGGACGGCUGCAGAGGAAGCGCCCGCUCCAGCUGCCCCGGAGCCUGAGCCUGAACCAGAACCGGAAGCGCCCAAGGCCGAAGAACCUGCCGCGGAACCAGCUGCAGCUGAGGCAGCACCACCAGCUGAGGAAGCGGCCGCAUCACCGCCAGCUGAAGAGGCGCCACCACCAGCACCAGCUGAAGAACCAGCUGCAGAGGAAGCACCACCAGCCGAGGAAGCAGCUGAAUAGUCUUUGAGUACAGCUCAGCUUCUUUUUUUGUUUUGUUUGCAUGUUUUUUUAUUUAUUAACCCCAUGAUUCUUAAUGCUUCCCUUGGCCUUUAAGGAUUUCUGAUCUUUAACUUGUAAAUUAGUUCAAUGUGUAAUUGUAUGUAUUUAAAAUGUCUUGAGGAUAGCCGUCAGAAACAGCCAGAACAUUUAAUGGAGAAAUAGACGAACUGAUCUGGUUUUAUCUAA